AUGAAGAUGGUGACGGACCCGACUCUCGACGAUGACAGGUGGGGAUUGUUUGUAAUGUACAAGCGCAAGUUUUGGUUCGAAGAGAACGGUUAUGACGUCCCUGAAUCCUAUUUCUACCGGAACGGCGAGGAGAUUAAGCCCAAUACCAUCGAGCUGGUCAAGAAAUUUCUCAAACAAGUCCGCGAAUCCAGGGGUUAUGACGUUGAUUUCUACCCGCCUCCGAUGUUUGAAUCUCCAUUCUCACCACUUCCACUGGAAGAGAUGCGCCAGGGUACAAGCAAUAUUGAUAAACGCGGCUAUGCUAGAGUUGUCGGAGCAGCCGAGUUAGCAAUUCAGGAUAUCUGUGAGGAGACUGGUCACAGAUAUAAGCUUGUUAAAGUCGAGAGGGCUGUCCAUGUCCUGACCAGGCCCUGGGUGUACCUCUUGACUUUGACUGCCGAGGAAGAUGGUGGCCCUGUGCAGACUAUUCAAGCCGAGGUCUGCUGCUCCAUUAAUGACCAUCCAGUCCUUCAAGAGUGGAGGUUCAAACCACUCCCCGCUCAAAAUGCCUGUUAUGUAGCUGUGCAGACGCAGUCCAAAUUUGAUGCCGACAAGGCAAAAAGAUCUAUCCAGAAGCCGCCAAUGUAUGCACUGAGAGCUGGAAGUGGGCAUGUGAGAGCUCUCAAUAUCCAGUUUGCGAGUUGGACACAAAGUCAAUUACAAAACCAUCCAGAUGAGCCUUGGGACGAUGGAGUGCAGGAUUACUUAAACCGUGCUAAAAUUAUCAUUGAGAGUUAUGGUGAUGCUGUUAAUUGGUUGAGAACAAAUGCUGUGAAAGGAAGGGGUAUAGCCAAGAUUCCAUCUGAAGAUGCUCGGACUAAGCCUCUAUGGAAACGUGCACGUCUCUAUAAUAAGAAUGGCCAUUUCACAUUUGGAGGAGAAAGCGAGCCUGGAAUUGCAAAUAUCAAUGCUAUUACUGUUGCUUCAAAUGGACCUGAUGGAGGUUGUGAAGCAAUGCGGAAGAUCAAGAAAGCAUUACUGGGGUCUCAAUUUGAUGCCGACAGUGGAGAAACAUCUAUCCGGCGGCUGCCACUGAAUGCAGCGAGAGCUAAAUCACCAGAAUGGCAUGUGAGAUCUCUCAAUAUCCAGUUUGCGAGUUGGAUACAAAGUCAAUUACAAAACCAUCCAGAUGAGCUUUGGGAGGAUGGAGUGGAUGAUUACUUAAUCAGUGCUAAAUGCAUCAGGGAGCUUUAUCGUGGUACUGUUCAUUGGUUGAGAAUAAAUGCCGUGAAACGAAGGGGUAUAGCCAAGAUUCCAUCUGAAGAUGCUCGGACUAAGCCUCUAUUCGGAAUUGGCAAAAGCAGUCAUACAUUGUUUCGUCCGACAUUGUUUUCGGACAAACCUAUGUUUCCUGCAGCCACAACAGCAAGCUCUGGAACCCCAUGGAGACCUGCACUUCUCUUUAAUAAUGGCCCUUCCACAUUUGGAGGAAGCGAGGUUUCAGUUCCUGGAAUUGAAAAUGCCAAUGUGGUUACUUCAAAUGAACCUGAUGUAGGUGGGAAAGCUGCUGCUCGAUGCAUUGAUCCAGGCAUCAUGACAAUUGUGCUCAAGAACUCAGUUUUAACAACAUUGCAUACUUUGGAUGAUGGUGAUAGCAAUGAAAACGUCGUUGCUCGACCCUUUUUAAUGGAGAACAAGGACUAA